UGCACACAGAUAUAUAACGGCACAGCUCACACCCCUGACUCACCCCCAGCUGCCGUGCCCCGGGACAGUCCGAUCUCCGAGCUCUCAGCCUCCGUCCGCCCCACGACGACCAUGGCCAAACUUCUCCUGCUGUGUGUGGCCGCGCUGAGCUUCGUUGGCAUCGGCGCGGCCCUGCAGUGCCUGAAAUGCGACUUCACCAUAUUCGGCAUCCCCUGCCACACCAGCACUACCACCUGCGAGGAGGGGCAGCUCUGUGCUAUCAUCCGCGGCCGCGCAGCCGGCCACAAGCUGAUCAUGAAGAAGAACUGUGUUAACAAGUUGAAAUGCCACACCAACGACACCUCGACCUGGGCCGGUAUCACCUACAGCACCUCCUACGAAUGCUGCGAGGGCGACUUCUGCAAUUCGGCUGCGAGCGCCGGGGCCCACCUCUCCCUCGUUGUAGGGCUGGCCAUGCUGGGCACCUGGCUUGCCCAGGGCCUCUAAUCCCCACCCACCUGCCGGGAGUGAGGGAGAAGAAACCAUUUCUGUUGAGGGGGGGAAUAAUCCAGCCUGACAUUGCCUUUAAAUAGCCCCGCCCCUUUUCUUUUUAAAGGGGCGCUUGUUAGCCAGAGCGGAGACCCAACCUGUGACCUUUUCUGGAUUGUUCUGUUUCUUUUCGGCUAGUUUCACGCUCGGUCUCGUAACCUACCCAGGGCCCCGGUCUCCAGCCCCAAACCCGCCCCGGAGGGCGCGCUGCCAUUUUUGCACGACCCACCCCUCCCAAAAAUUCCCCCAAGAAUUGCCCGCCCUUGCCUGUGGCUCCCGAUGACACUGGCGUGUCAAUGAGGGAGCCGGGGCCGGCGGAUAAAUGCCCCUCCACGAAUGAGGUACGGGGGCACCCCCCAGCCUUGAACCCCCUUCGCUGCGGCCCUCAAUCUCGCAACAAGCCUUUGUAAGCCAGAGGUGCCCACCGCAGCCAUGAAUCUCCGGAGCCAGGCGUGCCUCGGCCCUGCGAAACUCCAGACGGGGAGGUGCAGGAGGGUCUCCCGGCAAAGACCUGGAGGCCGAUGCGCCCUGGAUUUCACAUCUGUGCCCUCGCUCAACCCCGUUGGUGGCAGCGGUGGGAUCGGCGGGGAGGAGGAGGCUGCAGCUGGGGGCAAAACCCCGCCCCCAACUCCAGCCACCGGCAUCCAGCCUCGAUGGUUGCAGUUGAUGGCUCCUCUUGUGCCCAGAGGCACCAGAGCCAUCUAGCGUGCAAAGCUCCCACGCCGGCCCCGCCCACGCCUGCGGGCAGCAGUUUUGUGCUCCCAGCCCUGCCCACGCCAGGCCCCGCCUCUUAGCCCAGCGGCAGGAUGGGCGUCGGCCCUGCGAACACCAGAUAGCAACUCCCACACGGGGAGGGCUCGGGACUUCGUCCCAAAGCCCACGGAGGCCAGGCAGGGAUAGAGGGGGCCCGGAGUGUUGUAUUGACUCCACCUGGUGGCCUGGCCGUUGGUGCUGCCCCCUGCUGGUGCGGGGUGGCUCAGUGCCUCGGUUUCUCCUGCGCUUUGUUCUCCUGAAAUGUACCCACAAUAAAAUCCUGUCUCGGCUCCGAUCGCC